AUGGAUUUUGAUCCAUUAUCAUUCAUUUCUUCAACUAAAUCACAUUUUAACGAUGACGAUGAUAUGACAAUAGCUGUUUCAGAGUUAAUGAUGGAAAAAAAUGAAAAUCAAAAGACAAUUUUGAAGGUUCUUGAGGAUGAGGGGGAUGAAGAAGAUGAUGAUCAUUUAAUACCGUUACAUAUUUUAGAUUUACCACUACUUAAACUAAAACCUAAUUUUGCUACUUUAUCAGUCAUACUCAAGCUACUAUCACCAGAUGAGGUUUUAAAUUUUCAACAAAAUAAUCAUAAAGAAGAUUUAAUAAAGGAAGAAGAAAUAUGGAAUUCAAAAGAUAUCACAACUUCAGAAUUAAAAGAAGCAUUACCAUGGUUAAUUCAAUAUUGUCCCCGUUUUAACUCACCCAAAAAAUUAUCUCAUUUACCUCAAUUAUCUUAUCCAUUAAAAUUACAAUAUAAUGAUUAUAAUGCAUAUUUAACAAGAAUAAUUUCAAAUGAACUUUCAUGGUUACCAUCUCAAAAAGAAAUUGAAAUUAUACAUAAUUUAACAAGUCUUAGAAUAAGUGAAAAUUGUGGUCGUAUGGCUCAACCAGAAAUUAUAAGAAAGAUAUCUCUUAAAAAUUUAGAAGUAAAAACAGGUUAUAAAUUUAUUAGAUUAAAAGAACCUUCAAUGACUAAUGAUAAUUUAGGUUUAAAAACAUGGGGAAGUUCAUUAAUUUUAAGUCAACGACUAUUGAACUAUUCUGAAUUAAUACCUACUGGUAAAAAAAUAUUAGAAUUAGGUUCAGGUACUGGAUUAGUUGGUAUAAUUUUAAAUUUAUUAAAUUAUAAAACUUAUUUAACUGAUUUACCUGAAAUUUUAUCAAAUUUAAAAACAAAUAUUGAAAUUAAUAAUCUAGUGGAUAUUGAAUGUCAUGCAUUAGAUUGGUCAAAACCAGAUGAUUCAACAUUAUUUGGUACAAAAUUUGAAAUUAUUGUUGUAAGUGAUCCAAUAUAUUCUUCAAAUCAUCCUCAAUGGUUGAUGAAUGCGAUAAAUACAUAUUUAUUAGAUUCUUCAACAAGUAUUGUUUUAAUUGAAAUUCCAUUAAGACCUAAUUUUGAAAAUGAAAGGCAGAAAUUAUGGGAUUUAUUUCAUUUAAAUAAUUUUAAAGAAAUUGAAAUGGAAAUUGAAGAUGGAUUUGAUGAUUUUGGAGAAAUGAAAUUUUGUUAUAAAAAAUUUCAAAAGAUGAGUAUGUAA